GCGCCGCUCUAAGCUGCAGCAAGAGAAAGUGUGUGUAGUGGGGCGGGGGAAGAGGCCAAGUCUGUAGUCCCGGUUUGUACAUGUCUCUUUCCUUUUUGGGGGGGCUGUGCAUCUACAGGCGAGCAAGACGGGACUCUAUACAUUUACUGCACCAGUCACUGUUUUUCCUAUUGGGAAGACACCCGGUUAUUAAUGCUACUCGGUUGCACGAGCGGGGCUUUUUACCCCCAGCUAACUCCCUGGCAGCCGCUGAAUAAUCAUAGAAAAAACUCUCGAUCUCUCUAAUUACGAGUUCUUGGACGAAGUUUUUUUAUUAUUAUUAUUAUUAUUACCGGUUUCGCUUGGCGACGUGGGCAUUUUCAUUUUUAGUGGGUUUUUGUGCGUGUAUCUUCAAUAUUUUUUAGUAGUGGGCGUGCUGCUUCUGCCGAGACACCUCGAGUACAGUAUUAGGAGAAGGUGAAAGACUGGGGGGAAAAAAAACCCACCCACUUGUGAACGCCAGGGUGGGGGAAGAGGUGGAAAAGAGAGAGAGAGAGAACUAGGAUUGGCGGCUGUUUUGUUUUUUCUUUUUUUUUUUAAAGAAAGGCACUCUUUCCACUUAGAGCCGGGAGUCUGCUCUUAAACUCGCUGUGCAAAGUUGCAGCGAGAGGCGUGCGCAAGUGUUGGAGAGGCAAACGCGGUGUGGAGCUACAACUACUUCCCGGAGGGAGUCGUGCCUUAAGUAACGGGGGACGAAGCGCUGGCCAAGGGGGCUUGGAGAGCUCCGACUGACCGGCAAAGUUGAGGGUCUUGUUUCAAGCGGGUGGCCAAGCUGAGCCCCACCGACUUCCCCGCAGCCGCUGCGGCGCGCGCCGACCCCCCAAAAUGGUGCAACAGACGAACAACGCGGAGAACACGGAAGCCCUCCUGGCCGGCGAGAGCUCGGACUCCGGGGCAGGCAUCGAGCUGGGCAUCGCCUCUUCUCCCACUCCGGGCUCGACCGCUUCGACGGGGGGCAAAGCGGACGAUCCGAGCUGGUGCAAGACGCCCAGCGGGCACAUCAAGCGGCCCAUGAACGCCUUCAUGGUGUGGUCUCAGAUCGAGCGGAGGAAGAUCAUGGAACAGUCCCCGGACAUGCACAACGCGGAGAUCUCCAAGCGCCUGGGCAAGCGGUGGAAGCUGCUCAAGGAUAGCGACAAGAUCCCUUUCAUCCGGGAGGCGGAGCGGCUGCGCCUCAAGCACAUGGCGGACUACCCCGACUACAAGUACCGACCCAGGAAGAAGGUGAAAUCGGGCACGAACUCUGGGAAGCCGGGUGAGAAGAGCGGGGGUGGAGGGAGUGGCGGCGGCGGCGGCAAUCAGGGAGCAGCCGCCGCCUCCGCUGCUGCUUCCAACUCUUCCAAGCUUGCCCAGAAAAAGGGCAGUGCCGCCAAACUCUCUCCCAGUGGCGCCGGCAAGCCGCAUCCCAAACUCAGCCCGAGCGGCGGCGGUGGAGGAGGCGGCGGCGGCACGAAAGCUCCGUCCUCUUUUCCGUCGGAACAGCCGGCUGCCCUCCUGCCCCCGGAGCACCAUUCUCUCUACAAAUCCCGCACCGCCUCUCCGGGCUCCUCCUCGCCCUCCAGCAGCAGCAGCAGCAGCAGCCACAGCAGCCGACAUCUCCCCGAGAAGAAGGCCAAGCGGCUCUACCUCUUCUCCCACUCGUCGCCCGGCGGCGCCGUUCCGGCCAGUCCGACCCUCAGCACUUCCACAGAAGCCAGCGACCCGCUGAGCCUCUACGACGAAGUAGCGGCCGUGGGCGGCCGGCAGGACGGGGGCGAGCCCUCCGCUUCCCCCGUGGGCGAUUGCUCCCCCUCGGACCACCGAAGCUACACCAGCCUGCGGGCGCCGUCGCCGACACCUUCGACCUCGCACUCCUCGUCGGCUUCCUCCUCCGCCUCCUGCGCUUCCUCCUCUUCCGACGACGAGUUCGAAGACGACCUGUUGGACCUCAACCCCAGCCCGGGCUUCGACAGCAUGGCGCUGGGGAGUCUGAGCUCCUCGGUCCUCGACAGGGAUCUGGAUUUUAACUUGGAGCCUGGCUCGGGCUCUCACUUUGAGUUCCCAGACUAUUGUACCCCGGAGGUAAGUGAGAUGAUUUCGGGAGACUGGCUCGAAUCCAGCAUUUCCAACUUGGUAUUUACGUACUGAGUUGGCGGGGGACCGAAGGAUUUAAGAGGCGAGCAAACGGCGCGCGUGGGGGAAGGAAAGAGACUCGGACAUGGCGCUCAACCCCCCAGGCGCGCUGCAAAACUGGAGAGCGAGCAUUUCACCCACGGUUGAGGAUGGUCCCCCGCCCCCCCCCCCGUUGCUGAAACUGACUUGAGGGGUGUGUGCGCGCGUGGUUUUUAUUUCGCUAACGCGGCAAAAAGGUUCUUCAACGCGUUCUUCACCGAGAAAGCUACCACAGAAAUAACACAGGACUAAAAUCGAUCCCCACCCCCUUUUUUUCGUUCACGUUUCAUCCUCCUUUUGCAGCCGAAGAACGAGAAGCGCGUUUCAGACUCUGGUGAGAAUCUAGUGGCUUAAACAGGAAUGACAACUUACAAGCAGGAGGGGGUGGGAUUCUCGCACAUCUUUGCUUGUUGGGUUGGAGGGAGGGAGAAAGGUAGAUUCUGCUAUGUGUAUUAGGCGUGUCUUUGGGUUAGGGGCGAAAGCUCCUGUGCUUCAAAACGAAUUGCAGAGCUGCAGUCAAUUUGCUUGCAUUUUUGAAAGGUUCUCUUUAUAUACAUCAAAAGGGAUGGGGAAAGAGGAUGGCCCUGGGAACUGGACUGAAUCCUAAAUGGAAAAGGCGAGAGAAGCAUUUGAAAAGGAACUGGAAAUUCGGCUGAAAACAUAAUAAUAGAAAAGGAUUUGCACGUAUGUGGGAGAAGGUGGUGGUGAUUUUCUUGGCCACACAUAACCUUUAUAUUCAUAGAAAUCAUAUGUGGAAUUUCAGCAACACAUAACUUUUUUUUAAAACAGACAGAUAUAGAACAUACCAACUGUCUAAUAAUGUGGUACAGGGGAAAUUGAGGGCGAUUGCUCUUUCUUGCAAAAAUGUGUUUUUCUUACUCAGAAUCGUGAUGGUGUUGGAUUAUUUCUCUGGUGGGUUUUAAUAUAGCAUGUUAUCCUAUCUUUUGGAGGUUUUUUUGUAAGACUGUUGAACAGUUUAAAAAGAAUAGUGUUAGAAUAAUAUAAAAAGCAGAUAGAUGGCGCUAUGUUUGAUUCCUUCAAAAAUUAUCACCAGCUUUUUUUCACUCUUAACUCUUUAAAGGAUUCAAACGCAACUCAAAUCUGUGCUGGACUUCAAAAAGAACACAGGACCAAAUUUUUCCUCAGUGUGUGUGUGUAUGUGUGUGUGUGUGUUCCUCUGUAGCUGUAAAUGAAGACUUUUCACACCAAGAUUCAUUCUUGAAAUGUUUUUUUUUCUUUCUAAAUGGAAUUGGAUGCCAUUUUAUAAGUGAAGUAUUUAUACUGGCCAAAUGUUUUUACUUGUAUUCCUUUGUCCUUUUUUUGGUAGUUCUGUUCGUUACCCACACCAUUUUUAUGUCACCUUCACUGAAGGGCUAGAGUUUUAACUUUUAAUUUUUAUAUUUAAAUGUAGACUUUUGACACUUUUAAAAACAGAAGAGAAGAUGAAAACGUUUGAUUAUUUUCUCAGUGUAUUUUUGUAAAAAAUAUAUAAGGGGUGUAAAUUGCUGUUUUGGAUUUCCUGAUUAUAAAUAGGGCUGCUGGUUAAUCUCUCUCACACAAAAUCAGUCCCUACUUUCAUCAUGUUUACACUCCAAUCUGCAGGCUUCUUAAAGAGACAGUAUCUCUUCUAUCUACCAUUCAACUCUACUUGUGAGUUGAGAGAGGGAUUGAACUCUAAUCCACUGUAGGGCUAAUUUCUAACAAAUCCCUCAAAAUAAACGUUACAUUGUACAGAGAAAACAAUAUUUUUCAGGAAAAAGGGAUCCUGUAGCUUUAACUUCAAAACCACAUCUUUUGCACUUUUUGUAAGCAAAAACAAAGUAAAUGAAAACCAUGCCAUUUAAAUCACUGGACCUAUCUAAAUGCCGAUUUGAGUUCGCAACACUAUGUACUGCAUUUUUCAUUCUUGUAUUUGACUAUUUAAUCCUUAUACUUGUCGCUGAGUAUAAUUGUUUUAGUCUCUUAUGGCAUGAUGAUAGCAUAUGUAUUCAGGUUUAUAGCUGUUGUGUUUAAGAUGAGAAAAAGUGAAAACAUCUUUGUACAUUUAAGUCUGUAUAAUAAUAAGCAAAAAAGAUUGUGUGUUUAUGUAUGUUAAUAUAACAUGACAGGCAUGAGGACAUCUGCCUAAUGAUGAGGUUCCGUUAAGGGUUUUUUAAUCUUUGGUUUCCUUUUUAGUUUUUUGGUCAUCCAUCCUGUGCAAUAUGCUGUGUGGAAUAUCUUUGUCUAAGGAUCUGCCCAUAAUAACAAUGUUGGGUGGGGAGGGGAGGGGAGGGGAAAGCUGGCUAAUAAAAGCCAAGUUCACUGCCUGUCAGAUUGUCAAUAUUCUUUCUGUAAAUAACCUUUUCCCCCAAAGGAAAUAAAAUCAGCUGGAACUGAACCCUAAAA